GAGCAGCCAAAGCACAAAAGCUAAACGAGCUCUGCCAUUGAGGGGCAGCCCCUCUGACAUAGCAAGCUCGUCAAGAGGCUCACAGCAGCCCUCAACUGCCGUGCGCACCAUCACAAUGGAUCCACGAGCCGCACCCGCGGCUCGGGCAUGCUGAAAUCACCGGAGCAAAACCCGCGCCCUUCAUCGGCGUGGUCAAGCCUCCGGCGGCCGUAAAAAGCCACCACAUCGAAGAAUAACUGGCGCGCCGCCGCGUACGUAUCACGCCCUUCAUCGUUGGCCAGGCUUGGCUCUCAGCUCACCUGAGGCCCCAAGGGUCAGCUUGAUAGCUUAUGCCCCUUUGCGCGGCGCGCGGCGCUGCGCGCCGGCCGCAGCCGCAGCGCGGACGCGCGGAGACAAAAUAACGGCCGUCGACCGCACGGCGCCUCUCUGAGAGCCCUUCGCGCGUCGAGCGGCGCGCCGAGCGCUAAUCGCGUCCGUCCGCGCAGAUCAAACAAAUCGCACUACAUCUGCUACCACAUCCCCUACUACUUCAUUCACAUUUACUACAACAUCACUACAUCAUUUCCUCGACCUCUACAGCUAGCAUUAGAUCUGCAAGGCCAAGUAGAGCUCGAAGGCCACUCAGGUAAAACACCUGUUACAUCAACCAAGAACUCGUGACGGUGCUGCGCGAAGCACCACUAGUUCGCCCGCCCAAGCGCACGAUGUGGCGGGUUAUUUUUAGCAUCUUCGUGGCGACGACGCUGGUCGGGGCGACGCCGUCGGACGAGGAAGAAAAGAAAGACACGCUCCAGCAUUAUGCGGACCAGAGCCUGUUCUCCGGUUCGCGAAACGAGGAGGCGCCGCGGCAGGAGGCGCUGCAGCCCAUGGAGACGACGCCGGACGCUCCUCCUCGCGACUAUCAUAACGACGACGAAGUCCAAGAGUAUGCGGAUCGCUUAGCGUCCGCGGCGGACGGGAGCAACUUAGGGAACGUCAUCAAUUUAGUUAAGAGGGGCGCGCGACAGGUUUUUCGACCUAUCAAGAACGUGGUUCGUGCUGUCAAGUGUAAGCGGAGACCGUCGUCGUGCAACGAAGACGAGCCUGCUCCCAAGAUGCCGCGCGUCGAUGCGGGCGACGACAUGGAGGUGCUCGGCGCGCACGGCGGCCCUCACGGCGAGGCGGCGACCUCGACGGUCCCAGAAACAGAGGUAAUAAUACUCGACGCGAACGGCGGCCAGCACGAGACGGUGUCUGCGUCCAAUGGCGCCAUGCCGAUGGUGGUCGAAGCGAACGGCGUCCAGCACGGCACGACGACGUCGUGCACGGACGACCCGGUGGCUAUCCUGUCGGAUUGGGACAAGUAUCCUAUCUUCAAGGAUUACUUCCAGCAGUUCCUCGCUGAAGAUUACCAAGUGCGCCGCGGCAAGUUCACGGUGGAGAAAGUGUGGCGGGCCUCUUUUGAGGAUUCCCAGCUCGUGGAGCUGUGCAAGGGCGCGGAACGAGGAGGGCAAGAGUUCGUGAACGCAUUAUUUUUGAUGGGCAAAGAACGGACUCGGGGUGAGAAAAGAGAAUACGUCGUCUACGCGGUCAGCUCGACGAUCGUGUUUGAGACCUCGGAGGCGCACGACAACUUCCUCGAGGAAUUCAAGCGCCUUCGGCCGCUUGAUGCGUACUUGUUCGACGAGGUGCUGCCCUACAACAUCGAGAGCUACGAGGGCUACACGUACAUCAGGAUCUUCGGCAUCGGCGAGGGCUGGGACAUUCAGCGCGCCAGUCAUUACAGAUACUUUCCGAAGGGGUGGCCGGAACUGACGACGGGCCAGGAGAAGCGCCUGCGAUCCUCUCUCAUCAAGAGCGUGCACUGGGUCGCUACGGAGACUGACGGCGUGCACUGGCGGGAAUGCCCCGUCACGCGGAAGAAACUCGUCGUGGUCCACACGAUCAAGAGCUACGGCCGCGAGCCGCGCAAGAUGGCGGGCCUGUCCACGGAGGGCGUGCUCAUCGUCGCGGUGCAGGUCUUUUCGCAAGGCAUCGUGCCGUUCAACAAGCAGAUCGGCUGUCGGCAGGAGUACAUGUUCCGCGCGGUCUACCAGUCCUGGGACAAGACGAAGUCGGUGGGCGGCAAGGGUUACACGUACGAAGGCCGGGCCUGCGUGCAGGUCGACGCCAUGGAUAUCGGCGAGGACGAGCCCGAGGAGUGCAUCGAGGACCCCGAUUACACGCUGCGCUUCGAGCCGCAAAUGAUAGAGAUGUUAAUCUCCGCCUGCGGCGACCUACCUAUAGAGUACGAGGACAUCGAGGCCGUCGUGGACGCUUCCAACAGCCUAUUGUUUAGAUUUACGGUGAUCGAGUACGCCUCGGAGCUCAUCGAGGAGGCGCUGCAGGACGCCGACGCGACGCCGCCGUUCGACCUGCUCACCCCGGAACGUCUGGCGCGCGUGCGCGUCGCGACGGGCCUGCCGCCGUCGCAGUCUUACACGGUGCUUUUGUCGGACGAGGCGAAGCCGUUCCGGGACGCGCUCGUGGCCAUGCGCGUCCUGCGCGAAGCCUACUCGAUGCCGAAGCCCGAGGUCGUCGAGAAGGCACACCGUCGGCUCGUGACCAAGGGUAACCCGUCGGAGUUAGUGAAGGCGGCCCGGCUUACCGGUGACAAAGCCGUGAAGGCCGACGAGGUCCUCGCGCUGGUGCGCCGGUACAAUUUGCGGUUGGUGUCUGCCGUGGAUCGCUUCCUCGCGAAGCUGGUGGAGCUCUGGAUGGCCUCGGACAAGAAGAUGUACCUGCUCGAAGACGCGCGGAUCGUGGCGGCCGCGCGCCACGCGGCGGGCGUGUGCCCCGCACAAUACGAGUGGCUCCUGGGCAACGGCGACAUCGCGAAGCAGAUCCGAGACACCCUCGCGGAGCUCGGCCUCUUCUGCGGCAAGCCUGCCGAUGCCGACGACAUCAACAACGCACAUGCUGCUCUGUUGAAAAGUUUGAAGCCGUCGCCGCUCGUCGAAGCCCUGAAAGGCCGCGUCAAGAAGGAGGCCAUCGACGGCGUGCGCGUCGCCGUUCUAGGAGCGGGUUGGAACUGGGGCAGAGUUACAGGGCUCGAGUGCGUGUUUGUGGAGGCCGCCAAGCGCUGCCCCAAGCCCUGUGAGGAAGGCCUCCUCGCGUCGGCGCCGCGGCUGGCCGAAGCGCGCAACGCGUGCCCGAGCUUCGUGGAUGUCCGCUGGCUCAAGGCGCUCCUCGACCACCAUCACGACGACGGCAUCGUGGUGCGAUCAGCGAUGGAAGAGGCGGGCCUCUUCCGCGAUAUGGCAUCGCUCAAGAGCUACAACGACUAUUCAGAAGCGCUGGGCACGUGGACCCACGAUGCCUGCGUCGCGGCUGGCUUUGAGGUGGACAAGUGCGCCGCGACCGUCGCCGACGUGCGCCUCAAAAUCUUUAGCAUGAAGGGCGUGGAGUGGUCCGUUUUUGAUCCCAUCGUGGCGGCCGCCUUCGUGCCGGCGCAGAAGGCUGGCGGCCACCUCUUCGACGCGGAGAUCCUCGCUGAUGCUAUCAAAAGAUCCGUGACUAGCCGGCAAUGGCAAAACUUUUAUCCGUUCCUCGGCCUCGCAAACGCCGGAGACCCCACCGCUGUGGCGGUUCGCGAGAAGCUCGACGGCCUACUCGCUGGCGAGGCCUACACGCUGGCGACGGAGACCGCCGUGAGAGAGUUAGUGACACAGCCAAAACCGCCAAAGUUCUACCUAGCCGCCGAGAAGCUCGGAUUUAUGGAUAUGGACGUCGAGAAAGCCAAGAAGGUGCUCGAGCACGCCCGAACCAUGACCGGCCAGGCCGCCACGACCUUCGACAAGUUUCUGGCAAGGAUCCUGCCGCUCGCCGACGAAGCUCGGGCGGACAAGACGGGCCCGCUUGAACUCUUUGGAUCGGCGGAGAACAUAGUGAAGGCUUCUAAAGGUAAGGGCAUGAGGGCGUCCACUACUUACUCGUCGUACCUGCGCGGGCUCGACGUGAUCGCUGCGGGCGGCGCCGAGGCAUUUAUCGCCGCGCAUACUGAUAAGGCCGCGUGGAAAGCGUUGAAGUCCAAGAAGCCCACGGCUGAAAAGCUCGAGAAGGAGGCGACGGAGGCCCGCGAGAUCCAGAAGUUGCUGGUCCAGCUGCGCUUACAGCCCGAGGCGUACGCGCGAGCGACGUGGGCGGCGGCCUACGACGCGCGCGAGGCCUCGGCGACGGACAAUUCGUGAGAGGUAGUCGCGUCGGAUCGACUACCCUCGGCCGGCGGCGCCGCCGCGUUCCCCAUCCUGGUGUAAAUUUACAGUUGUAAA